GGAGCCUUUCUGCAGAGGGAGCACCGGCAGAGUUUGCAUUGCAAGAUCUCCUUUGCUGCGCCCCUCCCGGCCUUUGAGGGAAUAGAAAUGGGAGGGCCACCAAGGGCUGGGACUUGAACCUAGGCCUCAAUUCCGCGACCCUCUGCAUGUUCUGGGUUCCCCCUGGCAGGAAUCCCUGGGGCGCUCCUGGCUCCGCCCGGGAACUCAGGCAAGGCUUGGUGGGUCUCCUUUGUCUAGAGCAGGCAUCCCCAAACUUCGGCCCCUCCAGAUGUUUUGGACUACAAUUCCCAUCUUCCCCGACCACUGGUUCUGUUAGCUAAGGAUCAUGGGAGUUGUAGGCCAAAACAUCUGGAGGGCCGCAGUUUGGGGAUGCCUGGUCUAGAGAUGGGGUGCCCAAGCUUUUUUCGAAGAGGACCAGAUUUAAUGACAUGAACAUGCAUGAGGGCCAACCAAAGUUGUUGACCUUUUUUAUGAUUUUAUCCCUGGUCUAGAGAGAGGGAGUCCAUGGAAGGGUUAUUGGAGGGGCGAGAGAGGCCUGGAUAGAGACCUCACCCUGUCUCCCUCCUCUCCCCCCUACCUGCCACAAGUCCACUGAUUGGGAGAGAUUUGGCGGGAGGGCAGAGGAAGUUGGGGGGCUGAGGGAGGAAGUGUGAAGUAUCCCUGGGGGAGGAAUCGAAGCCAUCUUGGAGAAAGAGAGACUUGGGGUCUGCCUGCGUUGAUUUCUCCUUCCUGCCCAGGAAUCUGACAUGACUUCAAGUCUGCCCUGAUCCACCCACCCUCUCUUCCCUUGAAGCUCAGUCCUUCCCCUGCCAUAAGUCCCAGAUCAGCUGCUGCAUGGGGUGCUGGGGGUGUUGUUGUUUAGUCGUUUAGUCGUGUCCGACUCUUCGUGACCCCAUGGACCUGGGGGUGUUAUAGCAAGUCUAACCAUUGGGGGAAAGAGGAAAGGGAGGGUGCCCACUCUAUUAUUUCCACCCUUUGAGGCUUUUGUCUUGGCAAUUACAGUCUCACCCACAUGCCUGUGUUUCUGUGAAGAAACAUCAAAAGGGUUCCUACCCAGAGAUAACUGUUCCCCACUCCUCUCCAUUCCACCAGGUUUCCAUUAUUCCCACUAUAUCAGUUCUCACAUCUGUGGGAUUUAAGCUAUUGGGAAGAUUGCUAUGGAAAUGAGUGGGGUUCCCCCAAGCCUGUGUAAUCAUUAUUGCAAUUGUUAUUUUUAUUUAUUUAUUGAAUCUGUUAGUCACUUUCCCUUGCCCAGGACAGCCCAAAGGGACUCACAACAGUUGUUGUUGUUACAACAGUUGUUGUUGUUGUUGUUAUGUUCCACGGUGACACUCCAAGGUCUUCUUUGUCCUGUUUCCUAUACUUCGGGGGGCACAGAGAAGGCUGUUCUCAGGGCCUGCUCCACCGUUAGGCAGGAGGCAGCAGAUGCAGAGAAGGGCAAGGAGGGAGUGUCAUUUGGCUUGUCCUGAUUUAACCCUCUAUCCUCUCAUCCAGUGGAAGGUGUGGUUCCAUUGCCAGUGUCCAAGACACAAUACAGCAGCCUCGGGAAGUCAAUGGUGCAGGGUGAUUUGGGAAUGUGUGCAGUUGGACUAUAUCAGGAAGAUGUUGGAGAUCAUGGAGGAAGGAGGAAAUGAAAUACAGCUAUUCAGCAUUUUCAGAAGAGGGGGAAGAAGGGGAGAGUGUGUCCCACUAGAUAAGACUCCCAUCAUCCCUGGCCAUGGGCCACCCUUGCUUUGGCAGGUGGUACUUUGUGUCCAACCACAUCUGGAGGGUCAGAGAUGCCUCACCUCAGCAUAGAAGGUUCCUCUAGGGCAGCAUUUCUCAACCUUGGAUCCCCAGAUGUUCUUGUACCACAACUUCCAUGAACACUGACCACUGGCCCUGAUGGCUAGGAAUGAUGGGAAUUGUAGUCCCACAACAUCUGGGGACCCAAGGUCAAGAAAGACUGCUCUAGGGCUCAGUGUUAUUUGGGAGUUGGUUGAACUGGAUCUUAAGGGUUCUUGAGAAAUUUCCCAGGGAUUAUGGUAUCUAGACCUAUCUGGGGUCGUCAACAGGUUUACCACACCUAUCAGCCAAUCACCUAUUCCCACCACCCUUUUGAGUAAUACCCUUGCCACGCUCCCACUAUAUAUAAGGGUCUGGUGACUUCUGUUUCAGUGUAUCUGAAGAAGUGUGCAUGCACACAAAAGCUCAUACCAGUGACAAUCUUAGAUGGUCUCUUAAGGAGCUACUGGAAGGAAUUUUUUCUAUUUUAUUUUUAUCUAGACCCUAAUACUAUUGUAAGAUAAUGCUGCUUCAUUAACGUUGAUUGAGGGUUAGGAAAGGCUGAUGAUGCAUUGCAAUUAUUUGACAUUAUUUCAUUUGCCUUUCCUAAAAAAUUGUAACAUAUGGAGGACAGGAGAUAAUACAGUCAUAUCUCGGUUUAAGUACACUUCGGUUUGAAUACUUUCAGUUUAAGUACUCAGCGGACCUGUCUGGAACAGAUUAAUCCACAUUCCAUUACUUUCCAUGGGAAAGUUCGCUUCAGGUUAAGUGCGCUUCAGCUUAAGUGCUCUUCAGCUUAAGUACAGACUUCCAGAACCAAUUGUGUACUUAGACCGAGGUUAAAAUAUGUUAAAAUAAGAGAAGGUGCUAAUUGAUGUGUGUAAUAUUCCUUUGUUCUCUUCCUAUAAAACAAAUAGGAUUCCCCACCCGCCCGUCAAAAGAAGACAAUGGAGAAGGCAGUCAAAAUUCUGGUGGGCCAAAUCCAAUGCGAAUAACGAAAAAACCAUUUAAAUACAUGGAGUGUGGGAAGAGGAGAGGAUAAACAAUUUGAAAGUAUGGAGUGUGGAAAGAACUUCAGUCAGAGUGGAGACCUUAGAAAACAUCAACGAACUCACACAGGAGAGAAACCAUUUAAAUGCAUGGAGUGUGGAAACAGCUGCAGUCAGAGUGGAGUCCUUAGAAGACAUCAACGGACUCACACGGGGGAGAAACCAUUUGAAUGCAUGGAUUGUGGAAAGAGCUUCAGUCACAGUGGAGGCCUUAGAAUUCAUCAACGGACUCACACGGGGGAGAAACCAUUUAAAUGCAUGGAGUGUGGAACGUGCUUCAGUCAGAGUGGAAGCCUUAGAAGACAUCAACGGACUCACACGGGGGAUAAACCAUUUAAAUGCAUGGAGUGUGGAACGUGCUUCAGUCAGAGUGGACUCCUUAGAAGUCAUCAACGGACUCACACGGGGGAGAAACCAUUUGAAUGCAUGGAUUGUGGAAAGAGCUUCAGUCACAGUGGAGGCCUUAGAAGUCAUCAACGGACUCACACAGGAGAGAAACCAUUUAAAUGCAUGGAGUGUGAAACAUGCUUCAGUCAGAGUAGACUCCUUAGAAGUCAUCAACAGACUCACACGGGGGAGAAACCAUUUAAAUGCAUGGAAUGUGGAAAGAGCUUCAGUCGCAGUGGAAACCUUAGAAUUCAUCAACAGACUCACACAGGAGAGAAACUAUUUACCUGCAUGGAGUGUAGAAAGAGCUUCAGUCGUAAUGGACACCUUAGAAUUCAUCAACGGACUCACACAGGAGAGAAACCAUUUGAAUGCAUGGAAUGUGGAAGGAGCUUCAGUCACAGUGGAGGCCUUAGAAUUCAUCAACGGACACACACGGGAGAGAAACCAUUUAAAUGCAUGGAAUGUGCAAAGAGUUUCAGUCGCAGUGGAAACCUUAGAAUUCAGCUACAGACUCACACGGGGGAGAAACCAUUUAAAUGUAUGGAGUGUGGAAAGAGCUUCAGUCAGAGUGGAAAUCUUAGAAUCCAUCAACGGACACACAGAGGAGAGAAACCAUUUAAAUGCAUGGAGUGCGGAAUGUGCUUCAGUUGGAGUGGACUUCUUACAAAACACCAACAAACUCAUAUAGGGGAAGAAACAAACCAUUUAAAUACAUGGAGUGUGGGAAGAGGAGAGGAUAAACAAUUUGAAAGUAUGGAGUGUGGAAAGAACUUCAGUCAGAGUGGAGACCUUAGAAAACAUCAACGAACCCACACUGGGGGUAAACCAUUUAAAUGCAUGGAGUGUGGAAACAGCUUCAGUCACAGUGGAAGCCUUAGAAGACAUCAACGGACUCACACAGGGGAUAAACCAUUUAAAUGCAUGGAGUGUGGAAUGUGCUUCAGUCAGAGUGGAGUCCUUAGAAGUCAUCAACGGACUCACACGGGGCAGAAACCAUUUAAAUGCAUGGAGUGUGGAAUGUGCUUCAGUCAGAGUGGAGUCCUUAGAAGUCAUCAACGGACUCACACGGGGCAGAAACCAUUUAAAUGCAUGGAGUGUGGAAUGUGCUUCAGUCACAGUGGAAGCCUUAGAAUACAUCAACGGACUCACACAGGGGAGAAACCAUUUAAAUGCAUGGAGUGUGGGACGUACUUCAGUCACAGUGGGAGCCUUAGAAAUCAUCAACGGAUUCACACGGGGGAGAAACCAUUUAAAUGCAUGGAUUGUGGAAAGAGCUUCACUGAUAGUGGAACAUUUAGAAAUCAUCAGCGGAUUCACACGGGGGAGAAACCAUUUAAAUGCAUGGAGUGUGGAAAGAGCUUCAGUCGGAGUGGACACCUUAGAAGUCAUCAACGGACUCACACAGGGGAAAAACCAUUUAAAUGCAUGGAGUGUGGAAACAGCUUCAGUGAAAAUUCACACCUUAGAAGACAUCAACGGACUCACACAGGGGAUAAACCAUUUAAAUGCAUGGAGUGUGGAAAGAGCUUCAGUCGGAGUGGAGGCCUUAGAAUUCAUCAACGGACUCACACAGGAGAGAAACCCUUUAAAUGUAUUGAAUGUGGAAAGCGCUUCAGUAACAGUGGACAUCUUAGAAUUCAUCAACGGAGUCACACGGGGGAGAAACCAUCUAAAUGCAUGGAGUGUGGAAAGAGCUUCACUAAUAAUGGAAACCUUAGAAUUCAUCAACGGAUUCACACAGGGGAGAGACCAUUUAAAUGCAUGGUGUGUGGAACGUGCUUCAGUAGGAGUGGGAGCCUUAGAAUUCAUAAACGGAUUCACACAGGAGAGAAACCAUUUAAAUGCAUGGAAUGUGGAAUGUUCUUCAGUUGGAGUGGACUUCUUACAAAACACCAACAAACUCAUAUAGGGGAGGAAACCAUGUAAGUGCUAGGGAAGUAGUUAGUACGAAAUGCUUUUCCAAAACAUCUACGGAAUUCCAUGGGGUGGAACCAUUUAGAGCGCAGAACAUGUUUCUCUCUGAAUUGACACUUUCCUUCACAUCAGUAACAGGAAUUCAAUCUUAAAUGCAUGCAGCAUAUAUGAACUUUCGUAGUUUAUAUGUAACGUUGUUUAGACAUGUAUUUAAAGUAAUGAAGGUAACAUUUCACAAUAGUAAGCAUAAUGAAAUAUUUAAUGUAUUGUUAGAUAAGGAGGGGCAGUAUGUAAGUCUGGAGUGUUGCUGCUGAAUGGGGAGUGAGCUGGUUUUGGUGUUUGGUGGAAGGAGUUGGAAAUGUUUGUAUCUGGGAAUGGAGAGUUGCACAAAGUGGAGCUGAGAUUGGUGGUGUUGCUUUGGAAGCAGAGUUAGUUAGAUUAAUAUUAUAGGAACAGCAACAUAACUCUCCCACUGUUAUAAUUGCACUAAUGGAAUCAUGACACAGAAAGAUUGAAAGCACCUACCGGUACUAUACAGUAUGCCCAAGUUAAUCUUGAAACCCUCACCUUUUCCUUUGAUUUAGAGAUAUACUAGCUGGCCCUGCCACACCUUGCAGUGGCUAAUCGCUGUGACUGCCCCAUCCAUGUCCUAUUCUGUUCCUCCCCCCACCCCGCUCAUCCCUGUGAAUCCCCAACUCUGUCCUGACCUACAUCCAGUCCCCUCCUCCCCCCAACCCCCACCCAGGCAAGUCAGUACCUCCAUUUGGCCUAGAGGAGGAGGAGGAGGAAGAGGAGUGGGCGGGAUUAUGGCAAUAUUUGCCAUCUGUUCCUUUGAUGUCAACUUGAGGGCGCAAUAUUUAGACUUUUUUUUACAGAGAAAAUCACGUUUUUAGGUGUGUUAGGGGUGGGAUCUUAUGAAUCUAAGGUUCUGCAAACACUCUCGUAUUGGCAAGGAACGGUGUGUCCAAAUUUGUGCGGAAUCGGUCAAGCGGUUUCCAAGAACCCAUGGCCGCCCUCCCACGGCUGCCGCUUCGUCGGGCGCUCCACUGAGGGCAGCGGGCGCCCGGGAGAAGGCCGUGAUUCGGCCUCUUUCUGCGGCAGCGGCAAAGGAAGCUGCCUCCUACUUGCGCAGUGAGGCGCUUGUGAGCAGCGGUUGGCAGAGGGGUGGGGGGGUGGGGAGAGAGAGUGUGUGUGUGUGUGUGCGUGCAGUCUCUGCGUCCAAUCCCUGUGUCUGUGGGGCACAUGCGCAGUAGCGCGGACACAGGGACACAGGGAACUGGACGCAGAGGCACAGGGACUUUAUUAUAUAGGAUUGUGCAUAGAUAUAUUUGGUGGCAGGAGAAAUAAAAGGGGUGUUUAGUGGCAUAAGCAGGAAAGGCUCUGUUCCUAGCUGCACUUCUUGCAUGAGGAGGGAAGGGGGCACAGGGAAGAAGGGGCCGUACCAGAGCAUCUGAAAGCAAUGUGCUGAUGGGGGCAUGGUGACACAAGUGCGUGUAGAGUGCUAUCCCCAAAAAGGCACAGGGGAGAAACAAUAUGGAUGAGUAUAGUGCGGAAGGCAGGUCCCAAACCGAGAGCGCUGAGGGUCAACUUCCUCCAAAUCCACCAGCUGCCCCAAGACAGGAGCCACCUCUGGGCCCUGAGGGUGGAAAGCCUCCCCUCCACCUUUGCAAAAGGACAUGAUCCGAGGGACUCCUUCUUACAGCAGACCACAAUGCACUAUCAUGUACUGGCUGGAUGCAGAGGAGGGGGGAGACCACUCUUUUCGCUCUCCUAAAUCUUCCACCCUUCCUGCUUCAUUGGAUUCCAUGAGUUCUAGUUUUAUGAGGGGGUGGAGCUUUUCUCUAUCCUCUUUCUCCCUGCUAUCUGAUCAGUCGCUCCUUCCUCAUCUUCUCUCCAAACUAAAAGGUCCCAAAUGCUGAACUGUGCACAGUACUCCAAAUGUGUUCACGCCAUAGAUAUGCACGACUCCCUUAGGAUAGUAGCAGGUGUGUGUUUUGCUAAAUGCAAAAUGGUUCUUUUAUUAGAUUCAGAAGCAAUGCAUGUGCAAGUGAGUGAGAAGUUGUACAGAUUUUGUUCUAAACAGCAAUAAAUAUAUACAUUAUCAUCUCAAGCUACCUGGACUGCUGCUAUUGCUGCUCUUGUGAGUGCAUGCGAAGACUGCUCCCUCCUUCAGCCAACUCCAUCAGGCCUAGGGGGCAGGGCCCACACUCACACAUACUCUGAGCAGCUCUUUGCAGCAAGUGGCGAAAAUGAUUUUAAAUGCUUUAAGUGUUCUUUAUUUGCUACACCUUGAAUGGUGGUUUUUUAUGAUAUAUUAUUUUAUUAUUUACUUUCUGUUUGGGGUAGGACAAAUGUUUAGUUGGGGUGGGGAGUAGUUUAACUUUAGCAUAAUUGUUUCUUGUCUUGUUUCUAUUUUAUUAUUAUGUUAAGUUAUUGUAUAGUUUGUAUUUUGCUUUUUAAGGGGAAAGGAUCAGGGCUGCCUGCAAUGCAGGAAUCUCAACUCAAACAUCUAAGACAGAUGGCGGCCCUCCAACCUCUGCUUAAAAGCCUCCAAGGAAGGAGAGUCCACCCCCUUCUGAGGGAGAUCGUUCCACUGUCAAAUUGCUCUUAACUGACAGAAUGUUCUUCCUGACAUUUAGUCGGAGUUGCCUUUCUUGUAACUUGGAUCCCAUGGUUUGGGUUGAUCCAAAGAGGCUUCCCCUCCUCUGCCACCUCAUGCAUUCAACUGGAGGUGUCUGGUGUUGGAGCUGGGACCCUCCUUGCAAGACACAGGCUGCCCCAGAAGCCCUGCCAUGCUAGCAGUCACUAGGUGCUCCAUCAGCAGAAACCUUGAAUUGAGGUUACUGCCUUGCAUAAAGUUUAUUUUAUCCCCGCAGCAGCCUUGGUUCAACCUUAACAAAGGUCCUUCCUGCAUCCAGCCCAAGUUCAAACACCAGCCCCUAUUUUAUAAAGGCACCCAUAAUGAUGACACUGGACUACCGUUUAGGGUUGUUGUAAGUUACUGUUCCAAACCCCACAAAUCCAGUCUACUUUGCAGGGCUGUUGUAAUGCAGACACCCUACUAUGCCAUGUCCCUGCCUCCCCCAUGUUGUGAAAUGGGUGUAAACAUGACCAUAUCCCCCUCCCCCGUGUUAUAGGAAAAUCCUUGAGCUCACUUGGAUGACCAAACAAAGACACCAGCCAGGAAUAGUGGAGCAAAACAGCAGCCAGUGGGCCUGGUCUUUAUUCAAAAGACUCUUGCAACAGGACUUCCACCUACCACAUGGGAGAAGCUGGAAGAAGCCCAGAACAAAGGAUGGCUCCCACUUUAAUCAGUUUUAUAAAUUCAG